AUGCAUCGCCUCCCCGUAUCCAGUCUCAUGUCGCCCCCUGAGACGAAGCCCAUGGAUAGCUUCCACCCCACUUCUCCAUUCAACAAGCCUGAAUUCGCAUCGAUGAUGCCCACGAUGAGCGAUGGCAUGAAGCUGCCUCCUAUUUCUGCUGACCGCAAGCGCACUCAGUCCGAGAUGGAUCUUCCCUCGCCUCCGGUAACCCCGUACACUGGUGCCAACAAGAAGCGACGCUCCGAGACCGCUGAGCAGAUUGAAGUUGAUGUCGAGGUCCACGCAUCGCGGGAUCCAGUCCUCUUCCCUCGUCAUGACUCCAUUGCUCGCGAGGAGCCUCCCCUCUUUGGACCCAUUGCCCCUCCCGCGGCGGAGGCGCUGGUGGAUCAGCAUAUCAACUCCCACAUGGCGCGUUUCGAGAACAAGCUCAACAAGCCCACCCGUGAGGAAUAUCUCCUGGCACUGUCAUGUGUCCCCGUCGUCUCAUCCCAUUUCAAUCGCAAUCCUCUGGCAUGGGCCCGCGAGGAGCGAGAGACUCUAGAGCGUCAACUGGUCCUGAUGAACCGUCACCGUCCUGAGGGUGAGACCGAGGUCAAGCUGAAGAAGCUCGCCCCGGCCCCCGCGAAGAAGGUGACUGGAGGGACUCCUCGUGCGCCUCGUCCUCGCGCCAAGCGAACCCCCAAGUCCACCCCCAAGUCGACCCCCAAGCAGCAGACCAUGGACAAUUUCGAGGCAUCCUCCUCCUCUCCUUCCUCGGCGAGCAAGCCUCGUGCCAUCGGCACCAAUCGCGAUGACACCGAUUUCAAUGCCCUGCCUGACUUCUCGCCUCCUGUGGCCACCCUGGGUGGCAAUGCCAAGGCCCUCAAGGCAGACUGGAAGGGUCAGAUGUUGGAUCUGAGUAAUGACCCGGACAGACCCCUGCUCGGACCGGCCGAGCUCAAUCUGGCUUCCACCCUUCGCUUGUCUUGCGCAACUUACCUGUGCAGCAAGCGUCGCAUCUUUGAGGCUCGUGUCCGUGCCCUCCGUGUGGGCAAGGAGUUCCGCAAGACCGAUGCGCAGCAGGCUUGCAAGAUCGAUGUCAACAAGGCGAGCAAAUUGUGGACCGCCUACGACCGAGUCGGCUGGUUCAAGGCCGAGUACUUCAACCACUUGAAGUAA